AUGGCGGACCGCAAAGCACUUAACCACUACUACCCACCAGACUUCGAUCCGUCCAAAAUACCACGUCGGAAAGCACCCAAAGAUGCGCAGCAAACCGUCCGUCUGAUGGCGCCGUUUUCGAUGCGCUGCAACACGUGUGGCGAAUACAUCUACAAAGGACGCAAGUUCAACGCGCGCAAAGAGCUCGUCGUUGGCGAAGACUACUACGGCAUCAAGAUCUUCCGAUUCUACAUCAAGUGCACGCGGUGUUCGGCCGAGAUCACGUUCAAGACGGAUCCCAAGAACACGGAUUACGCUGCAGAACACGGGGCUAGUCGAAACUUUGUGCCUACAAACCAAGAUGAGCUCGCAGACGAGGAAAAGCUGUUGACCGAGGAGGAAAAGCUGGAGAGGAAGUUGGAAAAGAUGGAGGGUGAUCCGAUGAAGCAAUUGGAGGCGAGGACGAUCGACUCACGCCGAGAGAUGGAGAUUCUAGAUGCGCUGCAGGAUAUCCGGACGCGAAACGCUCGUCUGGAGAGGGUGGAUACCGAUGCGGUGCUCGCAAAGCUGCACGAUCGUCCGCAGCCUGCUUUCGACGCCCACACAGCGAACAGCAACCGCGAGGAUCAACAGGCCAAAGCGGAGCAAGAAGACGAAGCACUCGUACAAAAGUACUUUGGUAAGGCACUCGAUGGCGGCCGUGCGAUUGCGGUCAAGCGCAAGUUGGACGACCAAGACGCGCAGGCUGAACCGGAUAUUGCCACUCUGCUCGCUAUGAAGGCGGCCGCUACAAAGACAAGCUGUAGCGCGUUAACUGCUUCCACAAGCGUACCUGCACCGCCGGUAAAGAAGAAGAAAAACGCCCCCAACGCCUUUGGUCUGGUACGCAAGAAGAAGUAG